CGAGAGAGAAAAGAGCGACAAGACAGAAAAAGAGAGCGCGAAAAGCAAGCAAGACAGACAGAAAAAGCGAGCGAGCGAGAAAAAGGGAGCGAGCAAGAAAAACGAGUGAAAAAGCAAGAGAGAAAAAAAAACGAGCGAGAGAGAAAGCGAGAAAGUGAGGCGAGACAGCGAGAGAAAAAGCGAGAACGAAAAACGACAGAGAACGAAAAAGUGAGCAAGCAAGCGAGAGAAAAAGCGAGCGAGAGAAAGUGA